AUGCCGGAAGCAACAGAACAGCAAUCUGACGCCACAGGUUCGAUUCCUUAUCUCCAGCAGCUGGCACGGCUGGCAAGCCCAGUACCCAAUUUCGCUGCGACCCUGACUACACAAGCGGAGCAAGACGCCGAAGAUGCGAACAUCAGCUUCCUACGUACAGAACUGCCGCAUGAUCAAGGUUCUCGCCCGCGCGAUGAUGCCGACGAGAGUCGCCGGCGAAUGCGGAGAGCCGUAGAUGCUAUGGCCGAGCCCCGCGUUUACACCCCGGCGCAAUUGGAAGAGUUAGGAAGCCUCUCAACAUAUUCAGAUCGAAUAACGCAGCAGGAAUACCAUGGUUGGGCACCGGGAACAUCUGACGACGAGCAAGAAAAUAGGCCUGAGGGACGGGCCAUCUCUCGAUCUUCGGCAGCGUUGUUGGACGAGCACGUUCUGAGGAGGGAUGAGCAUCUAAGGGAGAGGAUGAGACUGAGACGCUUGAGGGAUGCCACACAAUUAGAAUGGCGGGAAAGUGUACCAAGCGAGUCCGCUACCCAAGUGUCCUCUCCUCGAGAACGAUCGCACUUCAUCGAGAACGACACGGGUGGAAUUCCCAUCGUGACGGAAUCCUCGCUACGAACCACUGCUCUACUACAAGCUGUAAGACGCAAUUCACAGUUCUCGGCCCGUUCAAGAAACGAGCUCCAGAGAUAUAUCCUUGACAGGGAGAGAGGCGACGAAAGAGAUCGAGCAGGCUCCGCACGCCCAAUCGAGCCCUCGAAUUCCAACCUUUCGCAAAGCCAGCGGCGGCAACUGCAUCGCGAAGCUACAGUACGACAGGAGAUUCAGCAGCAUCGGGACCUGAUUGCGGAACAUCAACAACACCGCACCUACGUGGAGGAACAACUACGGCAGCAGCGGCAUAGUAUUGCCCAGCCAAGUGAGAACAGAAGACGACGCUACUGGCAAACACCCUCGCCCUGUCCUCCUAGCGAGAGAAGACCGGUCGAUGAAGCCAUCAAAUAUCUUGAGCGAUUACGUUCGUGCGAAUCUGAUCAAGAAGGCUUGGAGAAUGCAGAAGAGGCGGGCUUAGGUCCAGAAGAGUGCUGCCCAAAAGACCCUCAAGACUUCCUAUUGAACGUUCAAACUGUACCACCACCGCCUCAGAGCUCCUGGCUCAAAGUCGGCGCUGUCCUUUCUGGCACCCAACACGGCGCCUGCCCAUCUUCACUACCAUCAUACACUCCACUCAUGCCUCCAUCUACAUAUCGAGCAAGAGCCCGAAACCCACAUUUCGGCUCCCACCCACCAAGAAAUACGUCUCCAGUCCGUCACGCACCCUACUUCGCCACCGCAGCCUCGGAAGCCUCCUCUACCUUUGCAGAAGAGCGCUGGGAUGUCAAGGUAACAGUUGACAGCAUCGACUACAGCACCAUGACCUUAUCCGGCACCAUGGAAGCAUUCGAUGUACCCGACAAGAAUUCGCCAACAAAGGUUUCAAGCAUCACUACGUAUCUCGAGGGCGAAAUAAUUGAUUUCAACACUUUUACCUUGGAGACUAAGAGUUUCAAAGCCGACACCCGUGUCGACGGGAUGUAUUGGCGGAAAUUACCCCCUUUUAAGGAUCUAGACGAUGAUGAGGCCAUGGCGAGGAACAUACUUAGCCAGGAAUGGCUGCGGAAGGAGCUGAUGGAGAAGUGGAUCCUGAUGAGGUGGAAAGGUAUGCCCCAGCAUGCUUGCCCAGGAACUUUUCAAUCUGCUUACGAUGCUGGAGCAGAGAAAUGCUUCGUCACCCCUUCCAAUCCUGACACCGCCCUUACUAUCAGUGGCUUCUACUACGUCUCUUUACAGAGAUCGAACGGGCAUGUGGAAGGCUUAAUCGUCCAAGAUCCAAACGCCAUGACCUCCGCAAAACCCAUCCACCUCGAACCAAGCGACCUAGGCACGAAAGAAUACUGGGACACAACCUACACCCACGACCUGACCACCCACGCCUCCACCCCAACCCACACCGGCCAAACAUGGUUCGAAGACGUCAACGCCUCCCGCAAGAUCCUCAAAUACCUCACCGCCCCCUCCUCGCGCCUCGACCUCGACCGGCCCACGACCACGUUCCUGGACCUCGGCACCGGCACCGGCGAGAUGCUCUUCCUGCUCCGGGAAGAGGGCGGCUUCGGGGGACGCAUGGUCGGCGCGGAUUACUCCGGCGGGAGCGUGGAGCUGUGUCGGCGGCUGGCGGCCGAGAAGGGCGUUCGCUCGAGGUCUGAGGAGGAGGAAGGAGGAGAAGGAGAAGGAGAAGGAGAAGAAAGCGGUGUGCGGUUUGUGGAAUGGGAUAUCCUGCACUCCCCGCCGCCGUCCCCCUGGACGCAACCUGGCUUCGACGUCGUGCUUGACAAGGGCACUUUUGACGCUGUGAGCCUUAGUCGGGAGACGGACGGGCGGGGGAGGAGGGUGUGUGAGGGGUAUAGGGCGAAGGUUGAACGGCUGGUGAGGAAGGGGGGCGUGCUGGUUGUUACGAGCUGUAAUUGGACGGAGGAGGAGUUGGCGGGGUGGUUUGAGGGUGGCGGUGGGGAGUUGGAGAGGUGUGGGAGGGUGGAGUAUCCGGUUUUUAGGUUCGGGGGGAGGCAGGGGCAGAGUGUGCAGAGUGUGGUUUUUCGGAGGAGGGGAUGA